AUGCCAUCAAGAUCCCAUUGCAACGGUGGCACGCUGGGCGUGCUCCAAGAUGUUGACCGUGAAUUGAAGCAACAGGUGUUGGAGGAGACCAGGUUCAAGGAUGACGACUUAGGCUUGGUCACUGUUUGCGACCCAUACUUUGGAGCCAGGAAAACGGUGAAGUAG